AUGUCAGGAGUUUCAGAGGAGGAUCCCGAGGGUCUGGGCCCCCUGGGUCUGCCAGCGUUGGGCAGAGCUUGCUUAACCACCGUGGACAAAAAACUUAACGCGCUGAGUGAGAAGGUUGACAGACUCUUGCAUUUCCAAGAAGACGUCACAGAGAAGCUGCAGUGUUUGUGCCGAGGCAUGGACCACCUGGAACAAGGUCUUCAUCGGCUCGAGGCCUCCCGGGAUUUUGGUCUGGCAAAGCCUGACCGUCCUCCUCCAGCCACUGCUCAGGCUGCAUGGCCUGAAGUCCUGGAGCUGGUGGGGGCUGUGCGGCAGGAGGGUGCUCAGCGUGGUGCCAGGCUCGAAGCCCUCUUCAGGAUGGUGGUGGCUAUGGACAGGGCGAUUGCUUUGGUAGGGACCACUUUCCAGCACUCAAAGGUGGGUGAUGUCGUCACCCAAGGGAACGUGCCCUGGAGGAAAGGCAGCCUAGCUGACCGUCCUGAGGAGAACAAGGAACAAGCAGAAGUUACGGGAGUAAAGCCGAGGCAUGUGCUGAGUCCCCGAGGUGAGCCAGCUGAUCCCCCCAGGAGGCUGUGGGAAGAGAGCCAGAAGGAGGACGCACCAGUGGGGAGCGUGGAGAGGCUGCCUCUUAUCAUCAAUACUUCACUGAAGGGAGCUGACUGCACCCAGGCAGGAGCCUCACUGAGGCAGGGAGUUGAAGUUCUUGGCCCAGGCCAAGUACCCCCACCCACAGAAGCAGAAUCCAGGCUUCUCGAAACAUCCAGUGAGAAUACUGGGACUACCCUGGAAUUGUCUGUAGCACUGGACAGAAUCAGCGAGGUCCUCACCAGCCUCCAGAUGUCACACAGUGCGGGACAAGGAACCUCAUCCAGCAAGCCUGACUGUUGGCUCUCAGAAGAGGACAUGAGACAGAGUUCAGGGCCUAGCUCUCAGCCCUCAGGGCCACAGACUCCAGCCAGUGAAGUUCUCAGUGAAGCACUCCCCAGGAUCUCUAGCCAUGUGCAAGAGAUGGAUACCGCCGGGGAGCUGCUUGAGACACAAAGGGGCAUUCGCAUGGCCUCUGCAGAUGCAGCAGCAGUUACCCAGCCUGUUGAGCAGGACCCACAUCCCAAAGGCCCCGGAACUGAGCUGGAAGAGCAGAUCCCUAAGGGAGACAGACCAUCUCUACCCCUGCCAAAGAGGGGUAGCAACAAUGGAGGCGUGAGCACAGAGAAGGAGGUGGGGCCUGGGGCUGAGCCUCUCACAGGACCAAGCUUGGCCACAAGGGACUGUGGAGAUGAGGCUGUUGGGACCACAGAUCUGCAGCAAGACACAGACCCAGGAGCAGGGAAGCCUGAGCCUGGGAAGGAUCCUGCAGCCAAGGGCUCAGGGGUAACAGAAGCUGGAAGGAGGAUGUCUGCUCCUGCAGAGGCUGCCACCAUGGUUCUCGAUGACAGUGCAGCACCUCCAGCCCCUUUUGAACAUCGGGUAGUGAGUGUCAAGGAUACCUCGAUCUCAGCAGGCUACACAGUGUCCCAGCAUGAAGUCUUGGGAGGGGGCCGGUUUGGCCAAGUGCACAGGUGUACAGAGAGGUCCACAGGCCUUGCACUGGCAGCCAAGAUCAUCAAAGUGAAGAACGUCAAAGACCGGGAGGACGUGAAGAAUGAGAUCAACAUCAUGAACCAGCUCAGCCAUGUGAACUUGAUACAACUUUACGACGCUUUUGAGAGCAAGAACAGCUUUACCCUGAUCAUGGAGUAUGUGGAUGGGGGGGAACUCUUUGACCGGAUCACGGAUGAGAAGUACCACCUGACAGAACUGGAUGUGGUCCUGUUCACAAAGCAGAUCUGUGAGGGUGUGCAUUACCUGCACCAGCACUACAUCCUGCAUCUGGACCUCAAGCCAGAAAACAUACUGUGUGUCACUCAGACAGGACAUCAAAUUAAGAUCAUUGACUUUGGGCUGGCUAGAAGAUACAAGCCUCGGGAGAAGCUAAAGGUGAACUUUGGUACUCCGGAGUUCCUGGCCCCAGAAGUUGUUAACUAUGAGUUUGUCUCGUUCCCAACAGACAUGUGGAGUGUGGGAGUUAUCACCUACAUGCUACUCAGUGGUUUGUCCCCAUUUCUAGGGGAAACAGAUGCAGAGACCAUGAAUUUUAUUGUGAACUGUAGCUGGGAUUUCGAUGCUGAUACCUUCAAAGGACUGUCAGAGGAAGCCAAGGACUUUGUUUCCCGGUUGCUGGUCAAAGAGAAGAGCUGCAGGAUGAGCGCCACACAGUGUCUGAAACAUGAGUGGUUAAACCAUCUGCCCGCCAAAGCCUCAGGAUCCAAUGUUCGUCUCAGAUCCCAACUGUUGCUGCAGAAAUAUAUGGCCCAGAGUAAAUGGAAGAAACAUUUCCACGUGGUGACUGCAGUCAACAGGUUAAGGAAAUUUCCAACGUGUCCCUAA